ACGCUGAAUCAUCACUCAAUCAACUUGUUCUUUAAACUGUCUGUAGAUUAAAGAAGAGCGACCUCGUCCCCGUACCACUCAAAAAACAACCCAAAAAAAUGGAAAAAAAAAUGUAUGCAGUGUUCCUCAUAUUAAUGGGUUUUAGAGAGUUUUUAUAGAUCUUUAUUUUCUGGUUUUUUUUUUUUUUCUUCUUUUGCGUGUGAAACUUUGGGUUUUUCUGAGUUUGAAACAACUUAAUAGGCUUUGUAUUUUCUGGUUUAUUUAUUUGUUUGUUUUGAGUUGGAUGAUGAUGAGAUUGUUCUUCUGUUUCAGUGUUUCCUUCAAAUAAUCCGUGGAUAGAUAAUGGCUGCUCUUCUCUGAGUUUUGAGAAGAACAUUAACUUCAACUGGUGUUCAAAUAAUUGACAUUUUCCUUAAUUCUUUUUCAAAUUAUAAUUAAUUUUUGGUUUCCUCUUCUUAUUGUUGUAAUGAUAAAUUAUUUAAUUCACACUUCCACAUGUAAAAUCAAACAAAUUAAAUUAGAUUUUAUACAAAAUAACAAAGUUUUUCUUUAACAUCUAGCUUUGCAUUUGGGGGUGUCAAAUAACUUUUCAUAGAAAUAAUGAAUAACUCAACACAGAAGGAUGAGCAUGAACUAUCAACGUUUCUCGAUUCCGGUAUUUACCGAUUCCAAAACUCAAAUGCGGUUUUCAUAGACCCGGUUCGUGUACUCAACCGAUCCUAUACCGGGUUUAGGGUUUCCGCAUCUGCAUAUUACUCCCGUUUCUUGGAAACCAAAUACGCCGAAAAAGAAACCAAAGUUUCUUCAAAUUCAAAGAAACGAAAACGAAAGCAGAAAAAACCCCACAUUCUUAACGAAAGAGAACGAGCUGCCGAUCAACGUCACCAGGAAGUGAAGCCGGUGUUAUUGAAGGCGCAUGAAGCUCUGUUAGGUGCUACAGAUCUUUUAAUGAUUAUGGGAAAAUUGAGGACUGAGAUUUGUUCUUCAUCAGAAUGUGGUGUUGAACAAUCGUUUGUUGAGCUUGGAAGAGUGUGGCAAGCCCCUAUGUAUGAGAUAACUUUCAAUUUUAAUCAAGGUUCCGAAAUUGAUCGAUGCAGUGAACAGAGGGUGCUUCCUUUGUUUAAUAAUUUGGUUGCUAAUGAGACUUGUGAUGAUGUGGAGGCUGAAAUUUUAACCAGAAGAUAUAUAUUGCCGAGACAAAGUUGCUUCUUCAUGUCUGAUCUGGGGCAGAUUCACAACCUUAUUCCGGCUGAAUCUAAUUGUGGUUUCAAUCUCAUAGUGAUUGAUCCUCCCUGGGAAAAUGGAAGUGCCCGUCAGAAAUCAUUGUACCCUACUUUGCCGAACCGGUAUUUCUUAUCCCUUCCUGUUAAGCAACUUACUCACACAGAGGGAGCACUUGUAGCCUUAUGGAUGACUAACAGGGAGAAGCUGUACAAUUUUGUUCAGAAAGAGCUAUUUCCCACAUGGGGAGUCAGCUAUGUGGCUACUUUUUACUGGUUAAAGGUGAAAGGAGAUGGGUCACUGAUUAGUGACUUGGAUCUCUUUCAUCAUAGGCCUUAUGAAUGCCUUCUUCUGGGAUACUGUUCGCUGGAGGAAGCUAACUGCAAAUACCAAUCAGGAUUUAGAGCUAUAAAGGAUAAUCAAAUCAUUAUAAGCAUUCCUGGAGAUUCCUCAAGGAAGCCUCCAAUUGGAGAGUUGCUCCAUGAGUAUGUUCCUGGGCCUAGACCUGCCAGAUGUGUUGAGCUAUUUGCUAGAGAAGUGACCGCUGGAUGCGUUUCUUGGGGGAAUGAACCUCUUCACUUUCAGGACUCAAGAUAUUUUUCUGGGAAAUUAGACGACUAACUCAUCCCCAUGAAAGCCUUUUUUUUGGGCGACAUACAGAUGUUGAACUCAGGGUAUUCUGCAUUUCUAA